AUGACCGAUAAAGUUUUGCUGGUGGAUGUUGCCUCGCUGGUGGCCUAUAUAAAAAAUGUAUUUAUUGGUGCUAAUGCGGCGGCGCUUGAUGAAGCUCUGGCGCAAAGUAGCCAUACGGAUUGCAUACAGAAAUUCAUCAGCGAUCCACAAGUACCAAUGCUGGUCAUCGAUCGAAUCAUCAGUAGAGAUGAUACAUCCGAGGAGACCACCGCAAUCGUUCGUAUCGCCAACGAAACAGCCAAACGUACUGAACGCACAACGUCGCUGCUGCUGCUCAAAUGCGGUUCAUUCAUCGAAGCGGAUAAAACAGUUGAGGACCAGUUAUAUGUACUGAGGUUUGUCUUGUCACUGUUUUAG